AUGGAAGGUCUCGUCGCGUUGGCCCUGGGGCCCCGCUUCCGCAACCAGGCCCCCUCUGACUGGAGUUCGGCCAUCGCGCAUCUUCGCGUCGCUCACGAGCGUUUCGCCUCUCUCCCGAAAGCCCGCGAUCGAGAACCCUAUCUCAUGCGGGCCGUCUUACUUCUCGGCGACUCUCUUGUCCGAAGAAACGAGAUUGGCGACUUGGCUGAAGCUGAAGAAAUCGCCUUGACCGCCGAAGCCAUGUUGGAGGAAGCGAGGACACAAACGAAGUCGUGGCGCGUCAGCUGGGCCUCCCUCACGCAGCGCUGUCUCGACUUCAACACCCUGUCCAUGCGGGAACUCGGCGAGAUCUACUACUACACGCACUCGUGGCCUGAAGGGGAGAAGUUGCUUCGCAGCCUGGUGCCUGCUCUGGUACGGAAGCGGGGCACACAUCAUCCGAUGACCAUCGAAGCCCAACGAGACCUAGCCAGCAUGCUUGUGAACCAAGACAAGUACGAGGAAGCCGAGACUGCAUACCGAGUAGCGCGCGCGUGGAACGAGUUUAGGCCUGCCUUUGGGCCGGAAGAAAAGGCAGCCAUUGACUACAAUAUCGUCAUGUGCUUGUCCGAACGCUGCUUGCACGAGGAAGCCGGCGCCGAGUUGGACCACAUGGAUCUGGCAGCAGAUCUUCUGCAUUACGCCAAUGGCGAAUGGACACUGAAGCUUGCCCGCUUGACGUAUAUGCGCCUCGGACAGUACGCCAAGGUUGUCCGCAUGUGCCGCAGAUUUCAGCCCAUCCUGGACGGGCACACGGUCAAAUACGGACCCUGCAGUGCUGCCAGCCUGAGGAACAUGAACGACCACGCCAAUGCCCUGCAGUCCUUGUGUAGGUGGGACGAGGCCGUCGAAGUCUUGCGUGACAUGUGCGCUCGGGAAUCCAGCGACCGAAGGCCGCCAGAGACAACGCUGGACUCUCAUAUGGAACUCGCCCACAGCCUGCUGUGUUCCAAACAGCUGGACGAGGCCUCGUACGAAUAUCGAAAGUGCCUUGAGAUAGCCCGCGACGCCGUGGCUGAUCUACGCAACGAUUCGACAUCCUCCGAGAAGGACAGACGCAUACGCAACAUCCUUCGCCAUCUUGCACACAUUUACGAGUCGACCACCAACAGGACGGGGGCCUUGACAGCUUACGCACAGCUGCAGCAUGAGUUCUUGGCUCGGCCAGGUCGUCCGCAAAACAUUUGGACGUACCAGUGGCUGCGUGGGAAGAUGUUCUUGCUCCAAGAGCGGUGGGAUUACGCUAUCCGAGUGCUGGUCAGCGCGCCAAGCUCGAGACUCGGGCUGGAGGCCGCCAAGAUGGCCGAACGACCGCUGACCGAUGAGACGAAGAAAAGCCUCCGGGCGAUAUUGGAGCGAGCAGAUCUUGACGAGGGGACGGCCACGACCGAUCUGCCACUGGAAAUCCAAACACAUCACGAAGCGGUCUCUGACACCGCAACAAAGACGGGUGAGCCGGCAGCCAAGGGGGUAGUCAUCAUGACGAAGGUCAGAGAGAUCAGCGAAACCAAGGAUGCCCAUGGCGCGGAUGACGGAGCGACCACGGGAUCCGGGGCACAUCUGGUGCAGCCGACUCCAAUGAGUGCCACCGAAACCUACGCAGUGGCCCAGGUUGUCAAGGAUGCCGUGCUUGCCGCAUUGGAGAAGGACGUAUUCCAGAAGCACGCCGAGAUUGUCGAUACGGCCGACAUGGACGACGAGGGAUCCAUCUCUGACGAGGAUCACGAUUUCGAGACGGUCGACGGCGUGUUGCGCGCCAAAUACGCGUUCCCGCUCGUUCCGCAGGACACUGAGUGGGAGCAGCUGCAGUAUCCGCGGCUGCCAAACACGUACCAGAAAUGGGUGCAGCAGAAACGAGAGGCCGAGAGGAACAGGCGUAUCUGGAUGUGA